GACGCGACAUGCCCAUCGUGCAUAGUCCAUUCAUAUUUUAGGCUGUAGGCCGAAGCCCAAAGAUUCGGCUUGACCACUUGUCAAAAGUAGCGGUUCCGUGUAGCCGGUAAGCACCUGAAGAUUGUGUCACUUUUAUCACCAACAAUUGCUUUCCGGUGAAGUUCGAUUGGUAUACAAGCGACUAUCUUUAACAUACAUAAGUAUAAACACGUUUAAUGUUUUGCAAAAGUUACUCAAAAACAUUUCAAGUGUUCUAAUUCCAAGUUAGAAUAAUCAAAAUCAAUUGAAAGCUAAGAUACAUCCAAGUGUAACAGCUCUAUGUAAAGUGCAUAGAAAUAUUGACACUUUGAAAAAAGAUUGAGAACUAUAUAAUCGUAGAACAAAUGAAGAUAUAUCAACUUUUCUGCCUGUUCUUUUUUGCUGGCUUAUUGGUAAACACAGACGCGGCAAAAGGUGGAGGAGGUAGAGGAGGCGGCAGACGCAGUGGCGGAAGAGUUUACAAGUCUCGGAUGCCUAUUCUGAUUCCUCACAGAAAUCCUGCUAGUGCUAAUUACUACGAGAACAAAGAUGGAGCGAGAAUAGUGAAAGCAUCACACUUUGAAUUGGAUUACAUGUUGGGUAGGAAGAUCACGUUUUUCUGCAUGGCCACUGGAUUUCCAAGGCCUGAGAUCACCUGGUUGAAAGAUGGAAUCGAAUUGUAUCAUCAUAAAUUCUUUCAAAUCAUCAUGCCACGCUCUACAGUGAUGUUAUUUCUGUUGAUGGUACUACUAUUAAAUAGCCAGGAAAUUCUUGGACGAAGAGGACGAGGCAGAGGAAAAACCAGAUCGCGAGUCCAAAUAGGACUGCCUAUCACUGGAAAGUAUCGUGAUCCAGAAAGUGAUCAAUAUUAUAAUAAUCAUGAUGGAGCAAAAAUAGUAUUGGCAUCGCACUUUGAUUUAGAGUACGUUUUAGGACAUAAAAUCGCUUUCCUUUGCGUGGCACGUGGAAACCCACGGCCACACAUCACAUGGUUCAAGGAUGGUGCUGAGAUCUAUACACAUCUUUACCUACAUGUACACGAAUGGCAAGUUGGUCCAGAUAAAGUGAAAUCGAAACUGGAAAUAGAUCCUGCGACGCAAAUGGAUGCUGGAGUCUACGAAUGUACAGCGGAUAAUAUGUACAGUAUCGAUCGAAGAUCCUUCAAGACUGACUUUUCCAUCGCUUUCGAUUAAGUUUCCUUUUUCACAAUACUUUAGUACGAAUAUAGAUGAAAUCGAAAGUUAUUGGCUUUAAGAUGUCGGUCAAAAUAAUUAGUGAUAAAAAGAACAUGAAAUGAUUCUCACGAAAUGUAUAAUGUUUGCACACGUAUGCAUAGUUAGACAAUAAAUAAAGUACGUUGCAUUAAAAUA